AUGAAUUUACCACCAUGGUCUUGUCAUUUAUCUCCAUAUUAUCCAGCAAAUUAUUACUCAUAUCCAUAUAUUCCACCAUCAUCAUACAAUGUUAAUGGAACAUUAAAUUCAUCGAUUCAAACAAGUUUAAAUUCAUCAUCAGGAUAUGAAAGUGCAUGUAAUGAAACAAGUUUAAUUGAUCCAGCUCUUACAAGUCCAUCAGCUAUUAUUAAGGAAUCAAAUUAUAAUGUAAAUGUUAAUAACAAGAGACCAUUAGAUGAUAGUGAAAAUGAUCUUGAUGAAGAAAAUUAUUAUGGUCGUAAAAAACGUCGUGUACUUUCAAGACCACAACGUCAAGAAGCAAAUCGUCGUGAACGUCAACGAAUGGAAAUUAUUAAUGAUGCUUAUGAACAAUUACGAGAUGUACUUCCAUUUAAAAAAGGUCGAAAACGUCAAAAAAUGUCUCGCAUGGAUACAGUUGAUGGUGCUAUUCGAUAUAUUCAUUCACUUCUCGAAAUACUUCAUGGACCAAAUUAUGAUCCAAAUUGGGCUUUAUCAUAA